CCAUGCAGCAAACUCACCUUGAUCAUGAUAUCUCUCUGAAUUUCGAAACACGGAAAUUGAAGACCAAAAGAAGAUAUAUCAGUCUAGUAGAAAGUGCAGAUCAAAAUGGAAAGGAAAGAUCAAGAUCAGGCUAACGGAGAAGUGAGAAACAGUACUCAUGAGAAAACCACAGAAAAAGAUCAACAUGCUGGAAAAGAGAAGGAUGAUCAGGCCGAGACCCCGCUUCCUAUAAUGGCUUUGAAUCACGUAUCCAGACUAUGCAGAAAUGUGAAGGAAUCCGUUGAUUUCUACACCAAGGUUCUUGGGUUCGUCUUGAUUGAGCGUCCUCAAGCUUUUGACUUCGAUGGUGCUUGGCUGUUUAACUAUGGAGUUGGGAUUCACCUGUUGCAAUCCAAAUAUCACGAGGAUAGGCUACCUAAUGAUCAACCCGAUCAUCACGAUCACUUGGAUCCCAUGGACAACCACAUAUCAUGUCAGUGUGCAAACAUGGAAGAAAUGGAGCAAAAGCUGAAAGAUCUGGAUAUAAAGUAUGUGAAGAGGAGCGUGGAGGAGGAUGAAGAAAAGGGGACAGCCAUCGACCAACUCUUCUUCAAAGACCCAGAUGGGUUCAUGAUCGAAAUAUGUAAUUGUGAGAAUCUGAAGCUUGUUCCAGCUAGUUCCUUGGGUAAAAUAAAGCUUCCUUUUGAUAGGCACAAUCCACCUGUCGAAAUCAUGGAAAACCAGCAUAUAAAAUAAUAUCAUACAGUAAUUGGAAACGGACUUCGAUCGGCCAAUUUGUCAGUGAUGAUCAGAUACAUUAUAGGCUUUGAAAAUUUUUCUCUGCUGGAAAUUGUUGUGUCAGGCAUUUACCAAUUAUAUAUUGCAUGUACUAUAUAUUCCAUGACAAUCCUUUUCUCCAAAUCGUUGGUGUAUUAUCUAUAAGUAACGUCCUAGAUUAUGUUAAUCAAAUUCAAAAUAUAUAAUAUAUAUGGACUCCUUUCCAAA